AUGAGUCACAGGGACGGGAGGGACGGGAUACAAAGCAUCGAUGGCAUGAUAGAAUACUCGGUCUCACUGUUCGAACCAGGCGAUACACGCAAUUGCCAACCAACGCUAGCACUUGCAGCUACGCGACGAAGCCUCCUUCAAAAUCCUCGAAGGACAACCCCUUCAACAUUCCAGCGCAAGACCUCGGCGAAGAGGUUAGGGCUGAAAGGACGUGGCACCCGCGAGCUGGAGGUUAUAUUGGGGGUGGGCAACCAUGAGUAUGGAAAAUCGAAAGAUACAGUAACGGAGGAACAACGAUUUCAGGAAGGGUAUUCAGGCGGCCAUGCAAUAGCCUUCGGUGUUGGUUUUUUGACUGUUCGUGUGACGGUAACCUUUAUCAUGUACCGCAUGAGGCAGAAUGUCGUAGAUUUCAGUGAGAAUGGGUCGAGAGAUAAUCUGCAGGAGCUCGCAAAGGAAGAGCGAGCAUGUAUUGUGAACGCCACGGAGACCCGUAUCUGGUCAUGCAUGAAGACGACACCCUUGGAGACGAACCUUGAAAUCCGGAGGUGA